AUGGAGGCCUUCAACUUUGCGACGUCUCUUGACCUGACCGAGUUGUCGGUUCAUGUCCGAAUAGAUCGUCUUGAUGGGAACCAGAAGCCCAUCCCGUACUCGGUGUUGUUGAAGAGGCCGGACCUUAGGCACCGAGCUUCAAAUAUCAACCCAAACUUUGAGCUGUACGUCACCGCGCAGAUAUGGGCAGAUAGCAAGCCCCUCACUGUGCCCGUCCAAACCGCCUACAAGUCCUUCAAGAACGCGCGCAUCUGGAACGAAUGGCUGCAGCUACCCGUGACGUAUGCGAACCUCCCCGCCUCCGCCCAGAUAGCCAUCACAGUAUGGGACCUGUCACCCGCCGAAGACACCGACUCGAGUCUCCAUGCCGUGCCCUUUGGUGGCACGACAAUACCUCUCUUUGACAACGACAACACGCUCCACAAAGGUCGGCAACGCUGUCGCAUACACCGCUUCAAGGCAGCAGAUGGCCUCACCAACACUACAACGCCGUGGGUAAUACCGCCGGCGCGCAAAAGCAGGAAAGCGCAGGUGGAGGAGGAUACCGUGGACGAGCAGGUUGCCGAGAUGGAGAGGCUCGAGGGCUUGCUGAAGAAGCAGGAGAUGGGCGACCUGCCGACCAACAACUGGCUCGACGGCCUGGUAUACAAAAAGAUGAUGCAAAUACGGAAAGAGGCGCUCAAGGCCGAGGCUGCGGCUUUGAACCGCCAGAGCAAGACAAACGGGACCAACGGCUCUGCAGACAGCGAGGACCAGGAACUCUUCUAUCUCGACAUCGAACUGCCCCGUUUCGACCACGCCAUCGUCUUCUCCGACGUCGAAUACCCACCGCCCCCCGUAUCAGACUUGCGAUUGCCAGCCGAAGCCGAUGUGAGGUUGCGACCUCCACCCGAAGUGUCAUUUGGACCGGGUAUUGACAUCGACGGUAUUGGAUACGGUGAUGCGGAUGCAGGACGGCUCAUCAAGAUCUACGACCCUGAAGUCGGCCGACGAGUGAACCCUGCCGAAGACAAGCAUCGCGAGUUGAUGCGCAGCCAGCAGACCGAUUCACUCGACCGCGAUCGCAAGCCCAACGUACACGUUCGAGAUAAGCUCAACCUGCUGCUCUCUAAGGGACCGCUCGAGGAGAUCACAUCACACGAACGAGACGAUAUUUGGAAGUUCAGAUACUUCUUGCUACGCGACAAGCGGGCCUUGACCAAAUUCGUCAAGUGCGUGAACUGGAAGAACCCGCGAGAAGCCCGGCAAGCUGCACCCUUGCUCGAUAAAUGGGCAGAAAUAGAUGUCGACGACGCGCUCGAACUCCUUGGACCCCACUUCGACCACCCCGUAGUACGAAGCUACGCUGUCGAGCGCUUGAAGAAAGCCGACGACGAAGAGCUCCAGCUCUACCUUCUACAAUUAGUGCAAGCACUCAAGUAUGAAGCACCGGGCGAAGGUGAUGAUUCGUCACUGGCGCGUUUCCUGGUUACUCGCGCAGCCAACAGUUUCACACUGGGCAACUUCUUACAUUGGUAUCUCAUGGUAGAGAUCAGCGACUUCAGCACCGACCAGGAGCCAGAACAUCGUGAACUCUUUGCUAAGGUCGAAUACGACUUCAUGGUUGAGCUGGAGAAAACGCCUGAAGGUGUUGAGACCCGCAAGACCUUCCAGCGUCAAGGCGAGCUCCUCACUAUCUUGGCCAAAAUAUCCAAAGACGUGCGCUUUGGUGGAGGAGAUCGACCUACUAAGCUUGCCCGUCUCAAGAAGGCGAUUGCUGACCCGAAGAACGAGCUCACUAACUUCGACCCACUACCUCUGCCUCUCGAUCCUUCCGUAUACAUCACGGGAAUAUCGACAGAAGACUGCAAUGUUCUGAAAUCUUCGUUACUGCCCAUGGUACUAUCCUUCAAAACGACCACGUCAAACCCGUAUCCGAUCAUAUUCAAGACUGGCGAUGACCUACGGCAGGAUCAACUCGUCAUUCAAAUCAUCACAUUGAUGGAUCGACUUCUUCGCAAGGAGAACCUGGAUCUCAAGCUAACACCCUAUCGUAUUCUAGCUACAUCCACCUCCGCAGGCGCCUUCCAAUUUGUCCCAUCGAUGAGUAUUGCAGCAGCGUGCCAGAAGCACAAAGGCUCCCUACUUGCCUACCUACGCGCUAAUAACCCCGACGACAGCGCCCCACUCGGCGUUCGGAAGGAGGCAAUGGACACUUAUAUCAAGUCCUGCGCUGGUUACUGUGUAAUAACGUACCUCCUGGGUGUCGGCGACCGCCAUCUCGACAAUCUCCUGCUCGCACCAUCGGGUGCAUUCUUCCACGUAGACUUUGGAUACAUUCUCGGACGGGACCCGAAGCCUUUUGCACCAGCCAUGAAGCUUUGUCGCGAGAUGAUUGAAGGUAUGGGCGGAGUGCAGCACCCGAACUAUCUUGUCUUCAAAGAGUACUCCUACACGGCAUGGUCUACCUUGCGCAAGUCUUCAAACCUCAUCCUCAACCUAUUCGCUCUCAUGCAGGGAGCCAACAUCCCAGAUAUCAAGGUUGAGAGAGAGGGUAGCGUAAGAAAGGUCCAAGAGCGUAUGUGGCUAGGAAAGGGUGUCGGUGGUGCCAAGGGUGAAGACGAGGCAGCGAGAGAAUGGGAAGGGCUCGUGGAGGAAUCAUUGGGUGAUUGGAAGGCCGGGGUAAUUGACUGGGCACAUGAGUUUGUUCAGACCUAUUGGCGGAACAUCGGUAAGCGCUUGCACGGCUACUCAGAUAAAAACAUCAUGUUCACAUCCAAGGAUAACCGCCUCGUUUUCACAUACGAUGCUGAACAACUAUGGAUCGAGCCUUGGGGCCAAAACGCAGUCCGCGUGCGCGCCACCAAGAUGCCCACCAUGCCACAGGAAGACUGGGCGCUCCUUCCCCAACCCAAGGUCUCUGCCAACAUCGACAUUGCCAGCAACGACGAGUCAGCAACCCUGACCAAUGGCCUCGUCAAAGCCACCAUCAGCAAGCGAGGCAAGAUCACCAUCUCAAACACCAAUGGCAAAGUUCUCUUAGAAGAAUACGCCCGUAACCGCCGCGAUAUCGUCGACCCCAAAUGCAGCGCGCUGGAAGUCGAAGCCCGGGAAUUUUAUCCUAUUCAUGGAGGCGACUACAAGCUUACUGCCCGGUUCGAAAGCCUGGAUCCCAAAGAGAAGAUUUACGGAAUGGGACAGUAUCAGCAGCCUUACCUUGAUAUCAAAGGCACACAACUGGAACUUGCGCACAGGAACUCUCAAGCUAGUGUACCCUUUGCUGUUUCCUCGCUUGGUUAUGGAUUCUUGUGGAACAACCCGUCGAUCGGCAAUGUGGUGUUUGGCAAGAACAUCAUGAGUUUUGAGGCGCUGUCGACCAAAGUCUUGGACUACUGGGUCGUGGCUGGUGACACGCCAGCGCAGAUUGUCGAGUCGUAUGCCGAUGCCACUGGGAAGGUACCAAUGAUGCCAGAAUACGGUCUAGGCUUCUGGCAAUGCAAGCUGCGCUACCAGACCCAAGAAGAACUCCUCCAAGUUGCACGAGAGUAUCGGAAACGGAAUCUCCCUAUUGAUCUCAUCGUAAUCGACUUCUUCCACUGGACCAUGCAAGGAGACUGGAAGUUCGACCCCAAGUACUGGCCCGAUCCCGAUGCCAUGGUCAAAGAACUCGAGGAGCUCAAGAUCGAGCUCAUGAUAUCCAUCUGGCCAACUGUCGACCGGCGAUCAGAAAACUACGAGGAAAUGGUCGAGAAGGGUCUGCUCAUCCGGACUGAGCGUGGUGUGCGAACGGCAAUGACCUUCCAAGGCCAAACGAUCCAUUUCGAUUCAACGAACCCUGCUGCACGGGAGUACGUAUGGAACAAAGCAAAGCAGAACUACUACAAGAAGGGCAUCAAAGUCUUCUGGCUCGACGAAGCAGAGCCCGAAUACCGCCACUACGACUUCGACAACUACCGCUACCACCUCGGCCCCAACGUACAAAUCGGCAAUAUCUACCCCCGCGAAUACUCCCGCGCAUUCUACGAAGGCAUGGAAGCCGAAGGCCAAAAUAACAUCGUCAAUCUCGUCCGCUGCGCCUGGGCCGGCAGCCAACGCUACGGCGCUCUCGUAUGGAGCGGCGACAUCUCCUCCUCCUGGGGCACAUUCCGCAACCAACUCGCCGCAGGCCUCAACAUGGGUCUCUCGGGUCUACCCUGGUGGACAACCGACAUAGGAGGUUUCCACGGCGGCAACCCCGAUGAUGAGGCAUUCCGCGAACUCUUCGUGCGCUGGUUCCAAUGGGGCACCUUUUGCCCUGUCAUGCGCCUACACGGCGACCGCGAGCCACGCCAACCCAAGACCGCAGACAGCCCAUCCUGCCGCAGUGGCGCAGACAACGAAGUCUGGUCGUACGGCCCCGCUGUCUACGAGAUCUGCAAGAAGUACAUGGGUAUCCGCGAGGAUCUACGUGAGUACACGAGAAAGCUUAUGGAGGAGGCGCAUCAGAAGGGCUCGCCGGUUAUGAGGGCGCUGUUCUAUGAGUUCCCGCAGGAUAGCAGGUCUUGGGAGGUGGAAGAGCAGUAUAUGUACGGAGACAGGUACUUGAUUUGUCCGGUGCUGGCGAAGGGCCAGACGAAGACGAAGGUUUAUCUUCCGCCACUGGAGGGUGGUAAGAAGUGGAAGAGUUUUUGGGGUGGAGAGACGUGGGAUGGUGGGAAGGAUGUUGAGGUUGAGAGUCCGUUGGAGAUUAUGCCGGUGUUCGAGCGCGUAUAG